CAGAGGGAGAGGAGACAGCAGGGCUGCAGGGUGACUGCGCGGAGUAGAGCUGCAUGCCCCGCAUUUUGGAGUUGCUUUAUAAUUGCGUCGUGCAAAGCUGUUGAUUGGAUAGCGCACAUACACAAGUUAAAAUACGCGCAAAAAAAUGCAGACUAAUGCAAAUUGGCCAAUGUGAAUUUAUUAUGCAAUGCUUUUUCGUCUGUCUCGGCUACAAGUGACCUGAAGCUUGCUAUGGAGGACCUCCUGAAUCAAAAUGAAUCGGAUCAUUGACAAUGCGACCAACUUAUGGAAAAAUGGUUCCUCGGAACUUCACCGCGGGACAGUGGAUCCCCCCUUUAACUUUUCCAGCAACUCCACGGGCAAUCAGACAGGGCUCAGCGAAGUGGAUCUCAUCCGAGCCAUUCCGCUUGGCUUGGUUCUGGGUGCCUUCAUCGUGUUCGCAAUCGCUGGCAACAUCCUCGUCAUCCUAUCGGUGGUGUGCAACAGGCACUUGCGCACGCCGACUAACUACUUCAUCAUCAACUUGGCCAUCGCCGACCUGCUUUUAGGCACUACGGUGCUCCCUGUGUCCGCCACUCUGGAGAUCCUGAACUACUGGGUAUUUGGCAGGAUCCUCUGCGAUAUCUGGGCGGCGGUGGAUGUGCUGUGCUGCACCGCAUCCAUAAUGAGUUUGUGCGUAAUAUCAAUCGACCGCUAUAUUGGAGUGAGCCACCCUCUGCAAUACCCGGGUAUAGUGACUGAGAGGCGAGCGUUGCUGGCAAUGCUCGGCGUGUGGGUGCUGUCGGUGGUCAUUUCCAUCGGACCUCUCCUCGGCUGGAAGCAGCCACCGUCGCCAGACGAUACGGUGUGCCUCAUCACCGAGGAGCCGUUUUACGCGCUGUUCUCCUCCCUCGGCUCCUUCUACAUCCCCCUCGUCGUUAUACUGGCGAUGUACUGCCGGGUGUACAUCGUGGCCAAGCGGACCACAAAGAACCUGGAGGCCGGGGUGAUGCGGGAGAGGAUGAACUCCGGCGAGCUGACGCUCCGGAUCCACAAGGGCUCCCACGUCCACGACGACUCCGUCACCUCCGGCAGUAAGGGCCGCGCGCACCAGGCGCGAAGUUCCCUCACGGUGAAACUUCUGAAAUUCUCCCGCGAAAAGAAAGCCGCCAAAACUCUGGGAGUUGUUGUCGGCAUGUUUACGCUCUGUUGGUUGCCAUUCUUCCUCGCCUUACCUAUAGGGUCUUUCAAUGUGAACCUGCGUCCACCUGAGUUUCUCUUCAAAGUCAUCUUCUGGCUGGGCUACUUCAACAGCUGCCUGAAUCCCAUCAUCUACCCCUGCUACAGCCGAGAGUUCAAGAUGGCUUUCAUCCAGAUCCUCAGGUGCCAGUGCCACCGUCGGAGGCGCCCUGGGUGGCGGGCAUACAACUACCGGUCCUCCAACUUCAACUCCUCCGCAUACUCCCGAAAAAGCUCCACCGAGCACAACUCCGGCUGCCUGAAUGGCAGCCAGCGCACGCUGCCCUCCUCGGCCAGCCCCAGCCCCAGCUAUAUGAGUAGGAGUCUGCCGCCCUGCCCUGAAGGGGACAACCUGUACAUCUGGGGAGCCGACACCUCACCAUCCACCACCCCCAACCUCCUGCCCGGCAGCCCAUCAGACUGUGAGGCGGGCGGUCCGAGAGGAGAGGCAAGAGGAGGCUGUGUCGGGUCAAAUUCACCUGAGGUGUCCUCUGGGGGUGUGUUCUCCUUCUCCUUUGGACAGAACAGGGGCAGGGAAACCCUUGACAAAGGAGGCAUCACAACCGAAGACGCGAUAUGACACGUUGAGCGGCGUUUUGUCUCGACGUACUGUUGAGUUGCAUCUGAACAGUGACUUGCUGAUUCAUUCCUUGUGGGGAUUUCAGUCGCCAACAAAAAUGCUAUUCCGAUCCAGAGAAAUGGCAUGGGAUUACAUGCAAUUUGGCUCCAUUAAAUGUAAGUGGUGUGAGUUGUCAUGUGACCCUUCAUCAGUCCAUGGAUUAACGUCAUUUGUGGUUGAUAUACACUGAAGAUAACUGAGUAUAUUUAUGCUGCUGUAUCAGAAGUAUUUUUGGCCCGAUGUUGUACAGUGUGUGUUUUUGGCAUAGCAGGAAAAGUUUGUUUCCGAGGACAGCCAAUCGAAAGCAGAAUUUAGAGUUGGUUUCAGGACAGCCAUGUCAAAUGUAUGUCACCACACUUCAUCUAAUGGAUGGGAAAGAGACCGAUGCAUGCAUUCUGUGAAAAUAGAAGAAGGGAAUGAAUUAGGGCUGUGUUUUAUAUGAAUUGCACCGAGGCCGCUUGUUCCUCCCUUCUGUCGUUUUAUGCUGGUGACACCAUCCCUGACUGUCGUUUGGUUUUUUUUGGGGGGGGGGGGUACAUGACAGAAGAACUUAUUUAUGUAACACAUGUAAAGAGCAAAUGAUCACAUCUCUGUCAUUGACACUUGAUAUCUUAAUGGGAUGUUGUGGAAAUAAAGAAUAACCUAGUUGAUCUGGUUUAUCUGCUGUGUGCACAGUAAUCAGCCUGUUUAUACGUAUGUGUGAGGUUUUGAAAGUGUUUGGAGACAAAGCUGUUGUCACUACCAUAGGAAACGAGAUGAUACCUAAAUAAAUAUGGAAAGCGAAUCAAACUAUGAUUCACAUCUAAAAACAAAGUCUGCAUCAUUCUGUAAUUUGAUAACAUUUACGA